GUACGCUGAUGAUACCCGGACUGCAUACGAAAUCCUUCAAGGCUACAACUUUCCGGUGGGGCUGCUUCCCAAGGGCAUCGUCAAAUACGAUUUGGACCCAUCUACGGGCAAAUUCCAUGCCUACUGGAAUGCUUCCUGCGCCUUCUCACUCGAGGGCUCCUACCAACUCAAGUACCAAUCCACGAUCAGCGGUUACAUCUCCGACAAAAAACUUACUGGGCUUACUGGGGUAAGCGUCAAAGUGUUCUUCUUUUGGUUGAAUAUUGUGGAGGUUGAUAGGAGUGGAGAUGAGCUCGAGUUCUCUGUGGGGAUUGCCUCUGCAGCCUUCCCGAUUGAUAGUUUCUACGAGUCCCCACAGUGUGGGUGUGGAUUUGAUUGCGUUACUGCCCAAGUAAGCAAACUUAGAACGAAAUCUUUUGUGUCUUCAAUUUAGAGGAAUUAUUUGGAAUAUUGUUUCAGUAGAUGUUGUUAAUGUAAAUUGAGGAUUACAUGGUGGAUCUUUAUUGGUUCUGGAUUGGUUCGGAUUGAAUUUCUCAGUCUAUCUGUUGUUUGUUCUGGUUCAAUGAUUUGGUGCUUGAUAAGGUAUCUCAAGCUAUGGAUUAGCAGGGGACAUUAAAUAAAAAUGCAGUCUUUUUUAUGGUAUGCAGUGGACAUGUUGUCAUGUUCUUGAAAAUUGAAAUGACUUGGGUGAGAUUGAGGAAUGAUAGUCAGAUUGGACAUGUUAAGCAGUUUUCAGUUGGUUCAAAUGCCACUGAGUCAGCUUAAUUUUGAGGGUAUUAGUUGAUUGAGUGAUGAUAAUUUGAUUGGUAAUUAGCAUAUAGAACUUUUCUUCUAUGGGAUUGUGGCACCACUGAACAUGUGCU